AUGACAUAUUAUAUCUUUAUUUUUGCUUUACUUUCAUGUUUACCAAUAUAUGAUACAACAUUAUUAUGGCGUAUUAAUAGUAAUCCUCCUGCAUAUCUUUUUGCUACUGUUCAUGUACCAUAUACAGAUAUAUGGCCGACUCUCUCGGAUACAGUCAAAUCAGCUUUUAAGAACUCCACACAUUUUUAUCCAGAAUAUGAUCUGACGAACUUUUUUUCAGCUAUAAAAUUACGAAUGUGCGUAAAUAAUAAGAAGCUUCCUAUUGGAAUCCCUACGCCAUCACCAGAAAUGUUACGUCAACAGCAAGCACAAACGCCUAUUCUUGAUAUACAUUUAACAUUAGAAGCCCGUCGAUUGGCAAAAAAUGUUGAAGCAUUAGAGAAUCUUGAUAUAUAUUGUGAAUUUACAAAAUUUCAAGUUGAAACUUUAACAAAAAAUUAUACUUUACAUAUGGAUAAACCUGAACUUCUAGAUCAAAAAGCAAUUGAAGAAAUUAAACGUACAUAUAAUUGUGAUUUAAAUAGUCCUGAAGAAUUAUAUACACCAACAACACUUCAUACAGAAGAUAAAGCAUUAGUUGCAUUCAAACAACAUUUAGAAGAAAUUGUUGGACGCCGAGAUGCUCGAAUGGCACAAAAGAUAAAUGAUUUACUACAAGAAAAAUCAGCAAAUAAACGAUUUUUCUUUGCAGUUGGUUUUGCUCAUCUGAUGAGUCCAACAGGUAUUGUAGCAAAAUUAAGAAAAGAUUAUAGUCAUUCGGUUUCACGUUUAUGCACUGACUCACAUGAAUAUCGAGCUUCAUUAAAAUGUGAAAAACCAAGUUGGUGUGAUCCAAUAGCAGGAUUAUAA